UCGUUUAUUACAGGUAGUCAUAAAAAAAAAUUGGAUUUUGUGACUGGGGUGGCAACAGAUAAGUGAGUACUUUCAAAAUGGUAAUUUUUAUGUUAUUGUAUAAAAACAUUAAAUAUUUUUAUUUUCAGAUGUAAAAUUAUUAAUAUAGAAGCAACUAAAUUUGUUAUACAAAGACAAUCGUACCUUGAUAAUGUUAAAGAUGUAUCUUCUAAUUCAGUAUUGGAUAAUAAUGUCAAAAGCCAGUUGUUUUCCACUUUUUCCAAAGUAGAAAACGUUAAAACAAACAAUAUAAACAACUUAAAUUCUGCACAUAUGAAUAAUACUGAAAUACAAGAGAAUGAUAAUGAAAGUAAUGAUCCUGAUUAUGAUCCUGAUUAUAUACAAAGUGAACAAUCGUCAAUUACUAGUGAUUUUGAAGAAACAGACAAAUUAGAUGCGUGUGAAGAUGAUAGUAAAUGUAAUAAGCGUUUUUCUAAUACACAAAACAACGACUCGGCAAUAUCUACAGGCAUAGAUGUGAGUAAUAAUCAGGCAUGCGAAAUUCGGCAAGAUGAUCAAACAGAAAUACCUACAAAACUUACUGGCACGAAAAAAUAUAUGUGUGUCUUCUGUCACAAAAUGCAAACAAAGAUUGCUCGACAUUUGGAAUUAAUUCAUUCUGAGGAACCUGACGUUCAAAAGUUCAAAUAUUUACCUAAAGGUUGUAGUGAAAGAAGAAAAAUUAUCGAUAGUUUAAGAAAACAAGGAAAUUUUAAAUUUAAUAUUAAUAAACAGUAUGAAAAUAAAGGAUUUAUUCCAUGUAGGCGGCCAAGAGAAAAUAAUCCUAAAUUACUUAAAAAUUAUUUGGCAUGUGGAAGUUGCAAGGGCCACUAUUUGAAAUCAUCAAUAAGACAUCAUUUUAGAAAAUGUACAGGUCGGAGUGGAAAGCAAAGUCGUAUUGUUAAAGUAAUGGGUCGGAGGAUAGAGGGCAAAUGUCAUAAAGAAGCUGAUGAGAAAGUACGGCGAUUAAUAUUACCAACAAUGAGAAGUGAUGGCGUAUCAUAUAAUAUUCGUUACGAUGAUUUACUGAUAUUAUACGCAAACACCCAGUCUAAAAAAUAUAGGCAUUCAACGCAUCAUAUAAAAAUGAUUCGAGCUCGACUGCGCCUUGUAACUCGCCUAUUGAUAGCAAUGAAGAGUAUUGAUAAUAAUAUAACAUCUUUAACUUCUAUUUAUGAUCCAAAAUAUUAUGAUACUUUUAUAGACGCUGUAAAUAUUGUUGCACAAUAUAACAAAGAAAAAGAUAUCUAUGAAAAACCUGCUAAUGCAUCUAACCUUGGUACUUACGUGAAGCAUAUAGGCGAGCUCUUAAUAACAAAAUGCAUAAAAGAACAUAAUGAUACUAUGAAAAUAAAUACGAAAAACUUUUUAAAACUCUUGACCGUUGAUUAUGGAUCAAGUGUUAACAAAACUGUAGUCGAAUCUCAAACUCAAUUUAAAAGACAAAAGAGCACAAAACUUCCUACAAUUAAUGAUAUAAAAACAUUGCGCAGUUAUCUAUUGAAAGUGCAAAGAGAAUCAUACAAUAAAUUGCAAAACAAAUUUCUAUUAUCUGCAUGGAUUUCUCUUGGAGAAGCUACUUUAACAUCAAUACAAUUGUUUAACCGUCGUCGGCCAGGAGAAACUGAACGAAUAUUAAUUUCCUGA